UGCCAGGGAUUGGAGACGAACUCAAUCAAAGGAUCCAGAGAUUGGUAUCAUCAUUGAUCAUCUCAGAAACAGGACUAAACCAGACAGGACACAUUUUGUUGGGAAUCAAGAGAUGACUACACUGUUGAAAAGUUUUCAACACUUUCAGCUAAAGCGAGGUGUUUUGUAUAGAGUCAUCAAGACAGAGGGAGAAGAUCAAGAACAGUUAGUCCUUCCAACAAGAUGUAGAUCGGCCGUAUUGCGAAGUCUCCACGACAACGUUGGGCAUCCAGGGAGAGACAGGACCUUGUCUCUCAUCAAGGACAGAUUUUAUUGGCCUGGGAUGACCAAGGAUGUAGAGACUCAUGUUCAACAAUGUGUGCCGUGUCUGCGUCAUAAAACACCAACAGGAAGAGCUCCACUGGUCAGUAUAGAAACCUCACAACCUCUAGAACUGGUCUGCAUGGAUUUUCUCACCCUGGAGCCAUCAAAGGGAGGACAACAACAUGUUCUAGUUGUGACUGACCACUUCACCCGCUAUGCCCAGGCCUACGCUACCAAGAACAUGACGGCCAAGACAACUGCUGAAGUCUUCUUCAACAAUUUCAUUCUACAUUAUGGGAUACCUAAGCGUAUUCACUCGGAUCAAGGAGCAAACUUCACUGGGAAUCUCAUGCGAGAGUUAUGUCAGCUUCUGAAAAUCAACAAAUCCCGGACCACACCAUAUCAUCCAAUGGGGAAUGGAAUGUGUGAACGUUUUAACAAGACUCUCUGCAACAUGCUUGGUACUCUUGAUCCAGAUAGCAAGAAGAAGUGGAAAGCCUUUGUUGGACCAUUAGUACACGCAUAUAACAGUACUCGCCAUGAAUCAACAGGCUUUGCACCAUUCUUCUUGAUGUAUGGACGUCAUCCACGUCUCCCGGUGGAUAUAGCUUUUGGACUUGACAUGGAUUCAGCCAAGUCAACAUCAAUGACCUGUUACAUCAAAGACUUGAAAGAUCGUCUCAGCCAAGCUUAUGACAUAGCAUCGUCUGCAGCUAAGAAAGCCCAGUCCAGGAACAAGAGUUUAUACAACCAGAAAGCAAGAGCAGCUGUCAUUGAGAAGGGAGACAGAGUACUUGUAAAAGUGGUUGCCUUUGACGGCCGGCACAAGUUAGCAGACAGAUGGGAAGAAGAUAUUUAUGUCAUCUUGGACCAACCAAAUUCAUCCAUACCAGUAUUUGUCGUUGGUAAGGAGAAUGGACACGGACGGACAAGAACCUUGCACAGGAAUUUACUGCUUCCUAUCGGCUCUCUUCCCCAAACAGCACCAGUGCCUAAACCAAGACGAAUCAAGUCUCCACAACCACAACCUAAAGUUCGACCAAGGACGUGUGUAAACCAGACAUCCAGAGAAGACACCACAGGCAUCUCACAUGAUGAAGAUGAACUGGAAGAUGGAGAAGAUAUGGUGUUAGUCACCACUCAUCAUUCGGACUCUGCAGGGUCAGCUCUUUAUCCAGCUGACAGGCCACCUGAAGACAAGCCGAACGAAGAUGUUGAGAGUGAGGACCAGAACACUGAAGUUGAUGGAAGGGAUGAGACUGCAGAUGUUGAACAACAGGAACAGCCUUCAGAAGAACCUCCAGUUCCACCUGUGGAUGUCCCACCAGACAGAGAACUUGCUGCUGCUGCACCGAUUCCAACAGUACCACCGAAUCCUCAACCAAGGAGGUCUGUUCGAGAGCGGAGACCCCCAAAAUGGAUGAGCGGUGGUGAGUUUGCUCUUUCAGCAGUUACUCAACCAGACUGGUUAUCUCGAGCAAACUAUCUCAGUUCUCUCAUAGAGGAAGGAUUGCUUGAGGGCCAGCCAAAACGUCUCUCUGAUGCUCUACUGGAUCUGGUCACAGGAAAGAAUACAUGACGAGGACGUCAUUUCACCGAGGGGGGAAGUGUGUGACAGAUACAACAUUGUACAUAUUUAUUUUAUUCACCUUCAGUAUCUGCUUUUAAGUGUUCAACUUUAAACAUAAAUCAUUAGUUAAGAUAGAUUAAAUGUAGUUAAUAUGUCCUUCAUGUUGUAAGCCUUAACAAACCCAAGCCAUGACGUGCUCAACUGAUUGGCCAAGCUAACCCUCAAAGUUGACCCUUUGUCUCACUGCAUGUUCUCAGUCUGCACACAUUUCCUGCACAGACAAGUUGACAGGUGAAAUCACCUAAAAUCAGAUAUCCGGAAUUAUAAGUUGCGGCGGUAGUCGGGAAGACACCCCAGUCUCACCCACAGGGUAGGCACAUAAUAAAUGUAUAGUCAGUUUCUAUAUUUGUGAAACACAUAAGUGUAUCACACCCGUAAAGACAUGUAUAUAUAUGUAUUUUUGAAAGAGAUUUAUAAUCUCUUUACACCUAGUUAAUAUAUCAAUAAUUAUUCUAUUUGGUUCUUACAUCAGUUAGCAGAUCAUUGUACAGUGUAACAACUAAUAUAUGAAGAAGAUGUGUUUGUAAUGUAAAAUGGUUUGUAAUACUGUGAUGUCGAUGAUUGCAUUAUGUAUAUUGUUAAUAUUACUUAUCAUUCCUUUUAAUAUGUUUCAGGGUGUAUAUCCUAGAUAGAUAUAAAUAUCACAAAUCCAUUGGCCGAAUAAACGUCUCUCACCCGUA